CAAGCCCCCUCCCCGAGACACAGCGCAGGCUCCAUUUUGUUCGAUUCUGGAGUUUGUGGGUGCUGUCGACAGCCUGCAAGAAAAAUUACCACUACAGACCCUCAACGCUGAUUAAUCCCCCACCAUCACCAUGAGUGGAUGUCGUAUUUUCAUCGGCCGGCUGAGCCCCUCGGCCAGAGAGAAGGAUGUGGAGAGGUUCUUCAAAGGAUACGGCCGCAUCCGAGAUAUUGACCUCAAGAGAGGCUUCGGUUUUGUGGAGUUUGAUGACCCAAGAGAUGCUGAAGAUGCUGUAUAUGAGCUCGAUGGCAAAGAGCUGUGCAAUGAAAGGGUGACCAUUGAGCAUGCUCGCGUACGUCUGCGAGGUGGUCGCGGCAGAGGUGGUGGCGGUGGAGGAGGACGUUUCUCUGACCGCUAUGGCCGAGGCUCCCAGAACAGUCGGAGUCGAAACCCUCCUCCGAUGCGAACUGAGAAUCGUCUGAUUGUGGAAAACUUAUCCUCUCGUGUCAGCUGGCAGGACCUGAAAGAUUUCAUGAGACAAGCUGGAGAGGUGACAUUCGCAGACGCACAUCGUCCCAAGCUCAAUGAAGGGGUGGUUGAGUUUGCCUCUUAUAGUGAUCUGAAAAAUGCCCUUGACAAACUGUCUGGAAAGGAAAUCAAUGGCAGGAAAAUCAAGCUCAUUGAAGCAGCCAAGAAGAGGUCAAGAAGUCGUUCGCGAUCUGAGAGCUCUUCCCGCUCGCGGUCCCGUUCCCGUGGUCGAUCUCCAUCUCGCUCCCCUAGACGCUCCCGUAGCCCCGCCAAGGCCCACAACCGGUCUCGCUCCCGCAGCGGCUCGCCUGCCGGUGGGGCCUCCUCCCCCAAAUCAAAGGAGCCCGUCAAACGCUCCUCCAAGACGAGCAAGUCCGCCACCCCUCCGUCCCCUCCACCUGCUCAGAGAGCCUCCGUGUCUCGUUCGCGCUCUCGUUCGCGGUCCCGCUCUCGCUCUCCUUCUACCGACAGCCAGCGCUAACAGCUGCGUUUAACUUAUUGGGAAUGAACAGUAGAAGCAGCUUGUUUCAUCAGUAGAAUCAGCUUUGAGGAGUUGGCACGCUGGAGCUCCCAUCCUCCUGUGACCUCCACUGAAAGCUGAGACAAAAGUUCUCCCAGAGUACAGUUUGUUUUUUUUCCUGUUUGGAUUUUCCUUGUGACUGUUUUUACGUUUUGUUUUUUUUUUACAUCUACGCAAAUACAUCAUCAGACAGUGAUGUUUAGUCCAGUAUUUUUUUUUCAGGGGGGGGGCAUUUAAAUACUUUCCUUCGAUAACUCCCAGUUAAUUCAUCCUGCUAGGUUUCAGGUGCAGCAACGCAGCACCAAUGUUUCUUCUCACAAAAUGGCCGAGCGAAGCAGCGCCUGGAUCACUGUCGCUGGGCCUGUAGGUUAAUCUCUGCACUCUGAAAAACUUUGAACAGGGAUUCUGUACUCGGACGAUUUUGAUAAAUAGUGUGACCACUUUCUUUACUCUUUCUGUGAUACUUUUUCUUGUCGGUGGGAGAAUUUCUAGUCACUUGCCAUGUUUUUGUCCUUAUCGCCCACGUUUUCCAAACCUUUUCACCUUUUCUGUGUUCUACUGUACCUACCACGGCUGGUGCGUGUGUAUCACUUAGGAUGCUUGCAUGGGCUUUUUACUGAUUGAAAUUUAGCAUCUUAUUAUUGAACACAUUUUAUUUGUGCUUCAAACCCAAAUACGAACCACCAUUUUUUUUUUUUUUUUUUUUUUGUAUUGGCAGCUUCUUUUAUCAACAACAUUUGUGGACAAUAAAACACAUGGUUCCACCAGCUGUACAGUCAUUUUAUUACAUGUACGCUACAUUCAUGCAGUGACCGGUAAACUUUUACGUUAUUGAGAGAUGUAACACAUUUGAAAAUAAAUUCAAGUUCACUAUUUUGCAACGGUUUUUCCUACAGACUGCAGUUUAUUCCAGCAUCAUAAUGUUUUUUUUUUUUUGAGAUUUUAUUUUAUUUAGGACUUUGUGUACUGAUUGCAGACUUCUGUUUAAAUGUAAUUCCAAGAAUACUUGUUGGUACUGUGACUGAUGUUACUGUGGUUCAAAUGAACAUGUAAACAAGAGUUUGGAAAAAUACAUUUUUGUACUUGAGGAUUUUAUUUUCAGUUAAAAAUAUGAUGGAUGUUUGUAUGAUGUAGGAAGACAGUAGACUUAACCAAUAAAACAAUUUUAACUAAA